AUGGCGAACGAGGGGCGGCGGCCGGAGCUGGCCGGGGAAGGCUGGGGGAGGUACGUCAAGGCCCGGGCUCCCAUCCGGGAGUCCAGGUUGCGGUUCGCCCCUCAAGAUGGCGGCGGCAGUGACGCGCCUGCGUACGGAACUCCUACGUCGCGCCAGGGCCGCCGGGAAGUGAGGUUCUCUGAAGAGCCUCCGGAAGUGUACGGCGACUUCGAUCCCCGGGUAGGCAUAGAAAGGUCCCCGGUGGGAAGACGAACCCCGCCGGAAAAGUUCCGGCCGGAUUCUGCGAAAGAGGAAGUGAGAGAAAGGGUGUACAACCUUCGGUCUCGGCAACCAAGGCGGCCACGGGUCCUGGAAGCCGAGGAGAUGAAGACGCGUAAAGCGGCUCGCUUUCUAGAGCAGCACUCACAGCAGCCUCCUCCGCCACAGUCUUCUCCGCCUACGACCCGAAGAAGGUUACGCGACUCUCUGUCGUCCGAAGAAGAUGAACCAUCUUCCCAAACGGUUAUAAGCCAAACAAUCUCAAAGAAAACUGUCAGGAAAACAAAUGAGUCUCCAGCAGUGACAAGUGAAGAUCCUGUAAUUAGCCUAUGUAGACCCCCUCUAAGAAGCCCAAGAUCUGAUUCAACAUACAAAACAAAUGGAAAUACUGAAAUGACUGAAUUAGAAGAUACCAGUGUCCAACAGAAGGUCAUUUUCUCUGAAGACGGAGAAACUGAAGAUGAUGACCAAGACAGCUCUAACAGUGAUGCCACUACUGCAGAGGUCAGAUCCAGGGAUUCAAUUGAGUCUAGAGGUAAUGUUGCUUUAUUUCAAACCACCAGAUCAUCUGAUCAAUAUCCAGAAUCAUUUUGGAGGUUAUCACAAAGUCAAGACUAUACAGCUCUUGAUAAACAACUUUCAGUGUUGAGCUCGGGAUAUCAAAAAAACCCUCAGGAAUGGGUGGAACAAACCAUGCGAAUGAGGACUAGGAUACCAAAUGAUAGCAUGCAGAAAUUGGAGCCCAGAAACCAAUCUUUACCAGCCUCCACCCAACAAGUGGCUGAACAACCCCAAAAUGAAUCUUUUGUGAAGAAAUGGAAGUGGUGGCUACUUUGUGCAGUAGCUUUUCUUGCUUUGGGGAUAUUUCAGUUCAUUCAUACUCCUGAGGUAAAAACCACUGCUGCUCAAGAAUUCCAGAACCAGAUGAACCAACUUAUGACUAAGUAUCGAGGUCAAGAUGAGAAGCUGUGGAAAAGAAGUGUAACGUUCCUGCAGAAACAUCUUAACAGUUCCCAUCCUCGGCCUCAGCCUGCAAUCUUGCUUCUUACAGCUGCCCAAGAUGCGGAAGAAGCACUUAAGUGUCUGAGUGAACAAAUUGCUGAUGCCUAUUCUUCCUUCCAUAGUGUUCGUGCCAUACGAAUUGAUGGAACAAGCAAAGCUGCUCAGGACAGUGAUGAUGUCAAACUAGAAGUAGAUCAGGAAUUGAGCAAUGGAUUUACAAAUGGCCAGAAUGCAGCUGUAGUACACCGCUUUGAAUCACUGCCUGCAGGCUCUGCUUUGAUCUUCUACAAAUAUUGUGACCAUGAAAAUGCAGCCUUCAAAGAUGUAGCCUUAGUCCUAACUGUCUUGCUAGAAGACAAGACACUUGGAACCAGCCUAGGCCUAAAGGAAAUUGAAGAAAAAGUGAGAGAUUUCCUCAAAGUCAAGUUCACCGAUUCUAGCACACCCAGCUCCCACAAUCAUAUGGACCUGGACAAAUUGAAUGGGCUGUGGAGCCGUAUUUCUCACUUAGUUCUGCCUGUGCAACCUGAAAAUGCCCUGAAAAGAGGUAUCUGCUUAUAAGGGAAAAAAAGGAGAGAAAAUCAUGUCUCAGGUUCUGGGAAUUUUGUACACUUUCUAAACACAGACAGAAUUCACAACUUUUUUUUUUAAGAACUAGUUUCUUUUUAAGAAACUAAAUCAUUUAUUCAACUUAAUUGUCUGUAAUGAAAGAAUUAUUUCUCUGUUUCUAUUAAGCAGUAUGUUAAGGGUACUUAGGAGUGUAUAAAGUAUAUACAAUCCCAUAGAGGAUCUAUUUUGAUUCUGGGCUGAAUCAUUCUUGCUUUGGUGUAACCAGUGAAAAGUAUUAAGCUCCUUUCUUAUGAAUCAUCCCUGACUUUUAGAUUUUUCAUUGGUUAGUAGCUUUCUCAUUGUAACCAUAGGUUUUCCAAUUAUAUUUUCUUUUAUACCAUUUAGGUGUUGUUAUUGUGUUCAGUAGUCAGCUUCUGCCUAUAGAACAAAAGUAAUAAAAGAUUAUCUUGAGUGUAUAUUUAGAUUUUUUUUCUUUGUUUUUGGAGAUGGGAAGGAGGAAAAGAGAGAUUGUGGAAUGGGAAAGGAAAUGGGAGAAAAGUGUCUUCAAGAUAAACUGUUACAAUACACAUCUGAGUGAUAAGUUAGUCCAAAUAUCUAUUUGAACCUUUACUGUGGUGAAUUCUGUAAGGAUCUUUUUGUUUUCCUUUAAAAAAGUCUUCAUCCUCCCAGAGGGUUUUAAAGCCUAUCUGUGGUAAGGGUUAAUAUAUUUCCUGAUUUAACUCUUAAAAUAAAUUCAGUUUACUUUGGAUAUAACCUUAAGCUACUAUUUUAAAGAAAUACAUUCUCAUAUUGAUAAACCAUUUUCUAGCUAUCCUGAGCUAAUUUUCUACUUGCCCACUUUUUACAAUCUGUUUUGGUUUUUUGUUUGGGUUUUUGACACUCCAUAACAAAUAUAAAGACUAACUAUGCACAUGACAAAUUUCCUUUAGAGUGCCUCAAGCCAAAAAGAUAGCAAACUUUACCACAUACAUAGUGUUUGUUGUAUUUUUGUACUCGUGUAGUAUUUUAGUUGUGAUAAGCCUUCUUUCUGUCACCUGCUUUGGUUUGCUUUAUUCUAUGUAGCUCAGUGGUUGAACACUUCCUAGCAUGUAUAAGGCUCUUAAAAUUCUGGAUCCACUUUGUUUUUGUUUUAACUAGUGUUUAUAGACAUUUAAAUGAAAAUACCGUUUUAGAGUAUUAGAGCCAGUCAUUGGCUUCAUAGGUUACCCUCUGAGGGUCUUAGAACUAGUGGUAGGACGUGAUCUAAUUUCUUACCACUGAAAUUACCAAUAUUCAUAAAGGUAUGCCCAUUAUUGUGUUGUACUUAUCAGAACUCAGAUCAUCUGAGUUAUUUUAUAGAGGAUUGUAAAACAGUUGUUUUGAAGAAGCUUAUUUUGUACAUGCAUAUUAUAUGGAAAAUGAAAUGUUCUAUUAAAUGUUUCACUGACCUAAAUAAUUUUAAAGUAAUAUCUUAUAUCUUUCAAGAAAAAUAAUUUUAGCAAUCGAUGUGUAAAUGACUUUAAAAGCUAUUUUAGUAAUUUAAAUAAAUUUAAUUUUUGGUUUGUAA